AUGGAGUCGCGAGUCGUGGACAUCGGGGUUGGUGAAACCGAGCAAGUGGCAGGCGGGGACCCUGCAAACGGUAGCGUCGCUCGGGAGCCCACAGUCUCAGCGGCCUUGGCAGCUUCUCGCUGGAAGCUCCUGCGGCAGGUUCUGAAGCAAAACCACCUGGAUGAUUGUCUGCGACAUGUAUCUGUAAGAAGAUUUGAAUCAUUUAAUCUGUUUUCAGUAACAGAAGCUGAAAAAAAGGAAACUGAAGAGGAGAUUGGUACUUGGGUCCAAUAUACAAGUGUCUUCUAUCCUGAAUACAGUAUCUUCUUAAGGCGUAAUAAUGGAUCCUUGAAUGUUGAAGAUGUUCUUACCAGCUUUGACAAUACAGGAAAUGUUUGCAUCUGGCCUUCUGAAGAGGUUUUAGCUUACUACACCCUCAAGCACAGGGAUAUGUUCAGAGACCUUGCUGUGUGUGAGCUAGGGGGUGGCAUGACAUGCUUGGCUGGGCUCAUGGUUGCUAUUUCUGCAGAUGUCAAAGAAGUUCUGUUAACUGAUGGGAAUGAAAAGGCCAUCAGAAAUGUGAGAGACAUCAUCACAAGGAAUCAGAGGGCUGGUGUGUUUAAGGCUCGGAAAGUAUUAAGCUGCGUUUUACGAUGGGAUAAUGAGACAGAUGUCUCUCAACUGGAAGGACAUUUUGACAUUGUUAUGUGUGCUGACUGCCUAUUUCUGGACCAGUACAGAGCCAGCCUUGUUGAUGCAAUAAAGAGAUUACUCCAGCCCAGGGGAAAAGCAAUGGUAUUUGCCCCACGCCGAGGGAACACUGUAAACCAGUUCUGCAAUCUAGCUGAGAAAGCCGGUUUCUCCAUCCAAAGACAUGAAAAUUAUGAUGAACACAUUUCAAACUUCCACUCCAAGUUGAAAAAGGAAAACCAAGACAUGUAUGAAGAAAACCUUCAUUAUCCACUUCUGCUUAUUUUAACCAAAAAUGGAUAG